AUGGCUGACUCGGUUGAUCGCGUGUUUGUACAUGCUCUCAACACGGUGAAAAAGGUUCCGAAGACGGGCGCAUCCCGGCCGCCCCCCUCGGACCGACUACGUCUAUAUGGCCUCUAUAAGCAGGCCAUGGAAGGCGACGUCGAUGGUGUCAUGGAGCGCCCGACGGUCGGCCCCGGCGUCACAGACCAGGACAUCCAGCGCGAACGGGACAAGUGGGAUGCAUGGAAUGCGCAGAGAGGACUGACGCGCACGGAGGCCAAGGGGCGGUACAUCGAGGCCUUGAUUGAGACGAUGCAUCGAUACGCCAACACUGCGGAUGCCAAGGAACUUGUCGGAGAGCUCGAAUUUGUCUGGAACCAGAUCAAGAACAACUCGCCCACAUCAUCGGACGCAUCUCCCAAAGCCAGCCGAAGCACCAACCCCGGCGGCGGCGGUGGAUUCAUCCCCAUCCCCAUACGACAACGCACCAUGCAACACCCUGCCAGCGGAUCAGACGGACCCAUGAAGAUUCUCAGCCCCAUGAGUGAGCAGGACGAGGCGGAAAUGCGAUCGCAGCGACAGAUGGAGCUUGACAACGAGGACGAAGACGACCAACUCGAGAGGAGGGGCGAGAGCACCGUCACCAGUCGCUGGCAGCGCAGGAUCGAGCGCGCCAUCACAAACCUGUCGGCCGAAGUGGCCGCUCUGCGCGAACAAAUCACUACGGGAAGGGAGUGGAGGUCCCGCAAGGAAAACAGCUACCCUGCCUGGAUAAUGCGGUGGCUCUAUGCCGUGAUGAAGCAUCUCCUCGUCGACUGCGCCAUACUGGCCUUUGUGCUACUCUGGUUGCGCAAGCGCAAGGACAGGAGACUAGAGGACCUGGUUCGUGCCGCACUGCGGCUCUUACGGGAAUAUAUCAGGAAUAUCCUCCCGUCCAGGUGA